AUGUUCCAGUGGUACGGACGGAGCCGCUUAUCAACUCAGGGAUUGUCGAAGGUGGCCAAACCGUUUGUUGCCAAGGUUUUCAAGAGAGAUGAUGCAGCUAUCUCCCGGGAUCGAACUGAAAAAGAGAAAUUUCGUCGUGCUCAGCAAGCUUUCGGACGAAUCAGUGGGGAGCUUGCUCGGCUAGGAGAUGAAGCUUUUGACGCGGCAAUGGACCAAUUCGAGGGGUGGUGGCACAACCUGCGUCAAGGUCAGAUCUCAAUGACGCCUUGCCAUGAGCAGACGGAAAGUCGUGAUAACGACGACUCUAAUGAUGGUGGCAAUGCUUGCGGUGGGGGAAAUGCUGAGGAUACAAGUAGUGUUGCUCAAGCUAUUAGCGGUGGUGGUAGUUCGCCAUCUUCGGACGAGUCGGAGGAUCUAGCAUUAACUCAGCAAACGGCGGUGUCGACUCAACUAACUCAACAGAAAGGACAGCGAGCUAAAGCUAAGGCUGAUCUGAAGGAGUACAACCAAGGCAUGAAACUGCGUGGUUUACUCCGGGAUCGCGACGUGUGUGGGGUGGUUAGUGCUUUGAAAGAGAUUCAGCCGGGUAUCCUCGAAAUGGGAGCGUUUCUGGUGACUUUUCAAGUGCUAGGGAAGGCCACACCGAAACUGUCGAUGGCUUGGCGGCUUCGUACAGACAUCGUCGCGGACAAUGUGCGCUACCGACUCCCCGAAGAGACUGUCAACCGCGCAUUUGAGUUGCUGAGCGAGUCGAGAACUGGACAGAAGGAUGAAAUUCAGCUGGACAGUGAUGGUGAAGGCGUAGGUGACGAAAACGGCUAUGUAUUGGUUGCGGAAAAGGUUGGCACGUAUUCAAGAGAGCAAGUGGAGCAAAUGAAGUGGAUGUGGAAUAUGCAGGAUACCUGUCGCCGAGGAGUGCUUCUUUGUACUUGGCUGAACAACGAAGUGAAGACUCUGGUGGAUGAAAAGGUGGCCGUGAGCGUGGCAUUUGACAACUUUUUGAAAAGCUGGCCAUACUUGGUCAUACCUGGAUUUGGAUUUGACAUCACCUACGCGGAUCUCUUCUGUAUCCGAGGUUCAACUUGGCUCAACGACGCCACUAUGCGUGCCUUCUGUGUAUUUUUGAAGACGUACAAGAACAAUGCCACCGUUAUGAUACCUCCAGUCAAGAAGCAGACGCAGUUCGUCUUGAUGCCUAUCAACUUGAGUGGCGUUCACUGGGUGUGUUUGGUGGUGGAUGGAACCGCUAAGAAGAUCCAGGUUUACGACAGUGCUGGUUCCGCCAUGUACCUCAAGCGCUUGAAGAAUAUUGCGUCUGAGAUCGCAUCUACACUGCCAGACAUGUAUGAGGAGAUCGUCUUCGACGGACCUCUGCAGACGGAUGGCGACAGCUGUGGUGUCUUUGCGUGCCUCCAGCUAUGGAAGUCCGUGUCGAGCAAGGCACCGACGGACGUGUCCGAGUCUGGUAUUAUCAAGCUGCGUUGGAAAAUUUUGCAGGCUAUUCUAAAGGUGAAGCGUCGCUCGUAG